AUGGAGAUUGCCCUCCGGCCCCAGAGCCUCCUUUGCUCCCGGAGCCACCAACCACUCGUUAUCCAGCCAGCCUUUGAAGGCGGCGGCCCUGUUCAGCAUUUGCUUCCAGUUUUGAUUCUUUCAUUUUGGGGACCAUUUGGUUUUGGGAUCAAGGUGGAUAUGGCAUCAUGGGGUUGUUUGAUGGCAGAUUGCUCUAAUAGGAAAUCAAGGAGGCUGGUGUAUCCUAAGAUAAAAGUCAAUGCUUUUAGAGGCUAUGCUCCAAAAGUUACCAUCCAAUCGAGCACGGAGAAGAGCGAACACCAUGAUUGCAAUGAAGAAACUAUUGGUACAUACAAUGGACAGUUAAGUACUGAUUUGGCAGAGUCAACAAAUGGUAGAGAUGCAGAAAAUGCCAAAGAGGAUCAGGCUCAUAAUGCUUCAAGCUGUUCAGCAUUCAGGGAAACGGAUGUGAUAGAAGAAGUUGGGUUGGACUUGUUUAAGGCAGAAUUUCCAGGAAAUGCAUUGAUUAAUAUAUCAUUAGCUGAAGUGGAAGCACUGGAUGAAGCUGAGGUCGAGGAGGAUAAAUUUGAGGUGGAUUUCUCAGGAAUUGCAUUGAGCAGUGCUGCAGUUUGGGCACUGGAUUCAAAGGAUGAAGCUAAGGCUAAAGAAGACACAUUUGUAGUAGAUUUGUCAAGAGUUGCACCGUAUUGUGCUGCAGCAGGGGAAGUGAUAGAUGAAGCUGAGGCUAUGCAGGAUACAUUUGUUGUGUAUUCAUCAGGCAAUGCUUCAAGCAGUGGAACAUAUGGGGAUGUGGCUGAGGUGGCUGAACAGCUGGGUGAUAAACAAAAGCAAUUAACUUCUGGAUUACCUGAACAAGACCUAUGUAUUGUUCAAUUUUCUGAGCAAAACCAUGCCAUUGUUGGUUCCCCCAAGCAGGAUGUUGGUUUAUUGGAGCAAAAACAAGCAAUUGUUGGCUCCUAUGAACAAGAUCAAUCAAUUGUUAGUUCGCAUGAACAAGACCGAUCUGCUGAUGGUUCUCAUAGUCAAGAUGAAUCAAUUGUCGGUGCGCCUGAGCAAAUCCGAUCCAUUUUUGGCUACCAUAAAUCAGAUCAAUCUAUUGUUGGUUCCUAUAGACAAGAUAAAUACACUGUUGGUUUGCCUGAGAAUUUCAAAUCCAUUGUUGGCUACUAUAAAUCAGAUGAAUAUGUUGUUGUUCCUCACAAACAAGAUGAACCAAUUGUUGGUGUGCCCGAACAAACCCAACCCGUUAUUUCUCACAGGACACCAGAUCGAUCUAUUGUUGGUUUUCCCAAACACCACCACUCAAUUGUUCAUAUCCCUGAACAAAAACAAUCCAUAGUUGGUUUCCAUAUACAAGAUUUGUCAAUUGUUGACAGCUCCAUGGAAUCUCAAACAAAGCAACUGGCCGUUGUCCGGACUCAUGAUUCAUUGCUAACGAAGAAAGUGGAAGCUAAGGAUGGAGACUACACAUCUCAAAAAACUGAUGGGGAUACGCUUAAUGCAAAGUUUGAUGUUGACAACUUGUUACAGAAAUAUAAGGAAGGUUUUACUGAAGAAGCAGCUGAGAUGACAACUAGCACGAGAAUUGAUGAGGAACGUCUUGACAUGAUUGAAGAGAAGAAAGGCAUAAGAGUGGAUGAAUGGAUUGUUACCGAAGAAGGGAUCUCAAUGAGCGAGGCUGACUUUCUUCCUCUGCUUUGUGAAAAAGAGAGUUCAUGGGUUGAAGAUGAAGUGGAGAUAACUGAGGAUGAAGAACAGUAUGAAGUUGAUGAGAUACCUAUGUUUGCUGAACAAGAUAUCCAGGAGUUACCUCACCAUGACGUGGACCAACAAGCACUACAGAGGAUGCUUCAAGAACUUACCAUAAAAAAUUAUUCACUGGGAAGCAAGCUUUUUGUUUUUCCAGAGGUAUUGAAAGCUGAUUCAACUAUUGAUCUCUAUUUUAAUCGUGAUUUAUCAACUUUAGCCAAUGAGCAUGACAUACUCAUUAAAGGAGCAUUCAAUGGGUGGAAGUGGAGGUUUUUCACUGAAAAAUUGCACAUGAGCGAACAGGGAGGGGACUGGUGGUGCUGCAAACUGUACAUUCCCAAGCAGGCAUAUAGAUUAGAUUUUGUGUUCUUUAACGGCCGCACAGUAUAUGAAAAUAAUGGAAAUAAGGAUUUUAUGAUACAAAUAAAAAGCACCAUGGAUGAACAUUUGUUUGAGGAUUUCUUGGUUGAAGAUAAGAAAAGAGAACUUGAGAGAUUGGCCAUUGAAGAAGCUGAAAGGAGGAGACAAGCUGAAGAGCAGUGGCGAAGGGAGGAAGAAAGGGAAGCAGAUGAAGCUGACAAGGUACAAACGAAGGUUGAGGUUGAGAUAAAGAAGAAAAAAUUGCACAAUGUACUGGGUUUAGCCCGACCAUCUAUUGAUAAUUUGUGGUACAUAGAGCCUGUCGUAACUAGACAAAGGGCUGCUGUCAGAUUGUAUUAUAACAGAAGCUCGAGGCCACUUGUUCACAGUACUGAGAUUUGGAUGCAUGGGGGCUACAACAAUUGGAUUGAUGGACUCUCUUUUUCUGAAAGACUUGUUCAUCUUGAUGACAAAGAUGGUGAUUGGUGGUAUGCAGAUGUUGUCUUACCUGAAAGAACAUUUGUGUUGGACUGGGUUUUUGCUGAUGGGCCACCAGGGAAUGCAAGGAAUUAUGACAACAAUGCAUGGCAGGAUUUUCAUGCUAUCCUUUUAAAUAACAUGACCGAGGAAGAAUAUUGGGUGGAAGAAGAACAGCAGAUCUAUAGAAGGCUUCAACAAGAGAGGAGAGAAAGGAAGGAUAGUAUUAAAAGGAAGGCUGAGAGAACUGCAAAAAUGAAAGAUGAGAUGAAGAAAAAGACUACGAAAAUGUUUCUGCUUUCUCAAAAACACAUUGUUUAUACUGAACCACUUGAAAUACGUGCUGGAACCACUGUUGAUGUGCUUUACAAUCCUUCUAAUACAGUGCUAACUGGAAAGCUGGAGGUUUGGUUUCGAUGUUCCUUUAACCGUUGGAUGCAUCCAGGUGGUGUGUUGACGCCUCAGAAGAUGGUAAAAGUAGAAAAUGGCUCACACUUAAAAGCAACAGUUAACGUGCCACGAGAUGCCUAUAUGAUGGAUUUUGUUUUCUCGGAGUUUGAAGAAGGUGGAAUUUAUGACAACAGGAAUGGGUUGGACUAUCAUAUUCCUGUUUUUGGUUCGACUGCAAAGGAACCUCCUAUCCAUAUAGUCCACAUUGCUGUUGAGAUGGCUCCCAUUGCAAAGGUUGGAGGCCUUGCUGAUGUUGUUACUAGUCUUUCACGUGCUGUCCAAGAUUUAGGACACAAUGUUGAGGUUAUUCUUCCAAAGCAUGAUUGCUUGAAUCUAAGCAAUGUGAAGAAUUUACAUAUGCAUCAAAGUUUUUCUUUUGGUGGUUCUGAAAUAAAAGUAUGGUGUGGACUAGUAGAAGACCUCUGUGUUUACUUCUUAGAACCUCAAAAUGGGUUAUUUGGAGUUGGAUGUGUGUACGGAAGGAAUGAUGACCUUCGAUUUGGGUUCUUCUGUCAUUCUGCUCUUGAGUUUCUCCUCCAGAGUGGAUCUUCUCCGCAUAUACUACAUUGCCAUGAUUGGUCAAGUGCUCCUGUUGCCUGGCUAUACAAGGAACACUAUGCACAAUCCAGUUUGACAAAUGCACGGGUUGUAUUUACCAUCCAUAAUCUUGAAUUUGGAGCACAUUAUAUUGGCAAAGCAAUGAGAUAUUGUGAUAAAGCCACAACUGUCUCUAAUACAUAUUCAAGGGAAGUGUCAGGUCACGGUGCCAUCGCUCCUCAUCUUGGAAAAUUCCAUGGCAUUCUCAACGGGAUUGAUCCAGAUAUCUGGGAUCCGUACAAUGACAACUUUAUCCCGGUCCAUUACACUUCUGAGAAUGUCGUUGAAGGCAAGAGUGCUGCAAAGAAGGCCCUGCAGCAGAAGCUUGGGUUACAACAAAAUGAUGUGCCUAUUGUUGGAAUCGUCACUCGCUUGACAGCCCAGAAAGGAAUCCACCUCAUCAAGCAUGCAAUUCAACGAACACUUGAAUGGAACGGACAGGUAGUUUUGCUCGGUUCGGCCCCAGACCCUCGAAUCCAAGGUGAUUUUGUCAACUUUGCGAAUACUCUCCAUGGCGUAAACUAUGGCCGAGUGAGACUCUGUUUAACCUACGAUGAGCCUCUUUCACAUCUGAUAUAUGCUGGCUCUGAUUUCAUUUUGGUUCCAUCUAUAUUUGAGCCUUGUGGGUUAACUCAGCUGGUCGCCAUGCGGUAUGGAGCUAUCCCUAUUGUUCGGAAAACUGGAGGGCUAUACGACACUGUCUUUGACGUGGAUAGUGACAAGGAACGGGCCUGGGCACGAGGCCUUGAGCCGAACGGGUUCAGCUUUGACGGAGCUGACAGCCGUGGUGUUGACUAUGCCCUUAACAGGGCGAUCUCUGCUUGGUUCGAUGCUCGGAGCUGGUUCCACUCCCUCUGCAAGAGAGUCAUGGAGCAGGACUGGUCCUGGAACCGGCCUGCCCUGGACUACAUCGAGCUCUACCAUUCAGCGUCCAAAUUGUGAUAACCUAACCAAUGGGCGCUUGUUGUCGGGUGCAACACCAUUAAAGUUUAUUGCAGGCUCCUGGACUGGGCAUUGCUGUACAGAACCCAGCCCCCACCAACCCCAAGUACCCCCACCCACCCAAGAGAGGCCGACAUUUUCGAAGUUCAGUUAUGCAUAGUUUGUUUCAGAAUAAUGAUCCUUUGAGCAUGUAUGUUUGUUUCCUAUGUUGUGGAAUUCUAGUCUUCAGUUCCGCCGCAAGCGAAUUAGCAUAGAUUGUCAUGGCAACUCCACUUCCUACGCCUCCUGCGUGGCAGCC